GUUCAACAGUCGUCUUCCAGUUGGUUGUACACGUUGAUACAACUAGAAGAUACAUCAAGAUGCGGUUUAUAUUGGCCGCAACUCUGGUUCUUGUCAUUAUUAUAACGGUUGUUGAUGCGGGUAGAAGACACAGGGUACGAAAUGGAAUCCGUCUCAGAUAUUCUUAUGGACGUCAACUGUCUAUGUGGAGACGGUACCACCAACGUCGGACACUGAAACAGAUAAGUUGCGACCAAAUUAGAAGAUCGCAAAUUUGCAGCAGAUGCUUUGCUGUUGACGGUAAUUGGGGAACAUGGUCUGAGUUUAGUACAUGUUGUUCUGUAUGUGGCGUUGUUGAACAGAAAAGGAGUAGAGUAUGUGACAACCCUCCCCCGGAGUUUGGUGGAGCUGACUGUCCUGGUGAUCCUGGUGAAACAAAGAGCUGUAACAGUAAUGCUUGUUUGGAUAAUGUAACGAGACCUAUAUGUGCGAACCAGUCUUUUGAAGUCAUGGUUCUCGUUGACAGUUCGGCCAAUAUAACUGUUGAGGCGUUCGGACAAGAAAGGGAUUUAUUACAGAAUCUUUAUACUGAACUGAGCAUCGAUGGUGAUGCUAGGCGCUUCGGGUUCAUCGCUCAUGGUGGUGCAUCUCCUAUUAUAGAUUCCCAAAGUCUUUUCUUAAGAGAGACGAACAAUAUCGCAGCACAUCAGGCUCGCAUCAAUGAUCUUGAAAAGAUAGGAGGCUUGCCAUUUCUCGAUGUGGCAAUAAACGCGUUGUUAAAUGUUUUUGAAAUUAGUGAAAGGUUCAGAUUGCCAGAUAUUCGAAGAAUUGGUAUCUUGAUAACAGCUGCUGGGGAAACCCCAAUAAACGAAACAACCAUUUUGGCCAAUGAUGCGAAGGCGCAGAAUAUAACUAUGUACGCUAUUGGUAUAAGUGAUCGAGUAAGUGAAGAAUUUGUACAAGCAAUUGCCUCCGAUCCAUCAGGCGCCAUUAACACGGGAUACAGUCUACUGAACGAAACAGCUACCCGAUUGAAGCAACUGAUCUGCUUCUGUGAUAAAUAAAAUAAAAUAGAGUCUCAUUUACUGUGGCUCAGUCAGUAAGACGUUG